AUGGAAGAGGACUUCUUUGAGUCGCCUAUAACUGCAGGAAAAUUUAAUAUCACCUCACAAUGUAAUGUCAACAAGAGUUUUACUUUUCGCUACUUAUCUUCUAUUUACCUUCUUGUCUUCCUGUCUGGAUUAUUGGGCAAUGGGUUUGGCUUGUGGAACCUUUGCAUGAACUGGAAGAAAUGGACGUCAAUUAAUGUGUUUGUAUUGAACCUUGGCAUUGCUGACCUUCUCUAUGUGGGAACAUUGCCCUUAUUUGUCUCCUACUACCUCAGUGAAGGCGUUUGGAUGUUUGGUUAUGGAUUCUGUCGCCUUGCACGUCUACUUUUCCACAUUAAUAUGUAUGCAAGUAUUGCCUUUCUCACCUGCAUCAGUGUCCAGCGUUACCUGGGAAUAGUACACCCAAUGAAAAUGAUGGGCAACUUACAGAACUUGCGCCCUUCAUUUUAUAUAAGUCUCGUCAUGUGGAUAUUGGUUGUUGUUCAGAUCUUACCUAACCUGUACUAUACUAAUGCCAUGAAAAAUGACACUUAUUGCCACGACUCGACAAUAAAUGAGCACUUGGAAUCCUAUGCGCCCUACACACUGAGCAUCACAAUCACAGGGUUUGUCAUCCCGUUCCUCAUAAUAAUGACUUGUUACAUCCGGGUACUUACUGUGCUGACAAGAAACAAGAAUGUGGACCCAAACCUAAAGAGCAGAAGUGUCAAGCAAGUGCUUAUCAUCCUGACCCUGUUCGCUGUCUGCUUCUUCCCCUACUAUAUUUUUCGGAACCUCAAUUUACUUUCCAGAGUUUGGCAGCUCAGGGGAACAUGCACACAAAGUUUAAAGAAUGUCUAUAUAUCCUAUCAGGUUACCAGAGGACUGGCUGCCAUGAACAGCGCCAUCAAUCCUUUACUUUAUUUAGUAACCAAUGAAAACUUUGUUUCAAGAUUUAGAAAGAUCCAGAGCAAAGCAUGGUAUGCCCUUGUGUAUGUAGCCAGAAACCAUUCUCUCCCUGAUAUCAAGGCUAUGCGUAUGAAUGAGAAAGAAGAAGAGGACAUAUCUGAAGAACUGUGAUGGAGGCAUUACUACGUUUUUCCUGGUCUCAUCAGGCAGUAAUAAUACUGCAGAACUUUCCAACAUAGGGGUGACGUAAAUAUUGUAUUAUUAUCUAGCCAGCAACACCCCAAGAUGUAGCCCUUUACACUAUA